CCCUCGCCACACCCAAUGCGACUCCUAUUUAACCUCGAGCUCUUCCCUGGAUCUCCAUCUGCAAGUGACCAUCAGUCAUCUCUGUGCACCAUCGUAAAGCGUCCCAACCACACCUGCACCAUGGAAGAAGCUGACCUCCGCAAAGCCUUCAAGGCUAUCGACAAGGAUCAGUCGGGCAAGCUGUCCGCGGUGGAGCUUCAGGAGGCCCUGAAGAGCAUCGGCCAUGAGAUUCCCCUGGACCAGGUGAAGAAGAUCGUGGCGUCCAUCGACAAGUCCGGCGACGGACAGAUAGACAUCAACGAAUUCAUCGGUGCCUUCAAGAAAAAGUGAUCGACGCCAUCACCGACACCACCGCCGCCACCACCGCCACCACCGACCACGAGCCCAAGGGACAAUUCGGAGUUUUCGUUUCUCAACUUCUCACUUCGGUCAAUCAACGACGGCGAUCGUCAUCCGGACACGCCGUUGAUUUUUUUUAUUUUCAACAACAACAAAACAAUCGAUUUGUGUUUCUCCACACUUAAACGAUUGUUGAUUGAUUAGGUUGAUGGCACAAAUUACGAAUAAUGAUAAUAACAAAUAAUUAAAUUGUUUGAUUCAAGGAAGCCGCACAAAUGUGUACCUUACAUUUAAGUGUGGGAUUAAGUGAACAACAUAUAUCUGGUGUGUUUCCAGCAGCGCAGUGCUCAGCACCGUGCGUCAUGGCCACUAUUUUUAAUCCCGAGUUUAACUGAAAUCGUACGCAACAAACAAACAACGUAAAGCUUUACACGUCCCCGCAAAUAAUCCCUACCGGGAGAUCAACACGGCGCCCUCGCCGGGUUAAAGGUCACUCAAAUUUGAACAUCUGAGCGGCCUUGCGUGGUGUCCCAGGAGUGGAAAAAUAAAAACAACAACAACAACAAUCUACAUCCUGUGCUGCUACGGCACUGUUGCAAUAACAAAUAAAGCGGUUGAGGUCGUUUCGAGGUUGGCUGUGCGCGUGUCCGAAUACUCCUCGCCUUUUGGUGUCACCACUUGUGGAAUAAAGCGAGAGAAAGCCCGCGA